GUAGUUCUCAGCUGCGCGUGAGCGCGUGCCCGACGCCUUUUCUACUAAAGUAAUAAGCGGCGCGCAUUCGAGCGCAGGUCUGAUCUGCUGUUUAUGUCGCACUGAUACUAAUAUUUGAACAAGAAGACUGAGGAAAAAGCGUUAAAACAUGUGGAAAUCUGUGGUGGGACAUGAUGUUAAUGUGAAGGUCGAAUCGGAGGGGGACGACUGGGAAACAGACCCAAAUUUUGAGAACGAUGUGUCGGAGCAGGAACAGAGAUGGGGUUCCAGGACCAUAGAAGGGUCGGGCCGAAAAGAACACAUCAGCAUUGCAGAUCUCAGGCAGAAUGUGUCUAAGGAACACGAGGUGGUUAAGAAGAAAGAGAUGGACCAGGGCGCUAAAGCCUCUUACGGCUAUGGAGGGAAAUUUGGAGUCGAGAAAGACAGAAUGGACAAGGGUGCUUUAGGGCACAACUAUGUGGCGGAGGUAGAAAAGCACUCAUCCCAGAUAGAUGCAGCAAAGGGUUUCGGGGGGAAAUAUGGUGUACAGCAGGACCGUGUGGACAAGUCUGCCAUGAGCUAUGAGUAUAAGGGUGAGGUACAGCAGCAUGCAUCUCAGAAAGAUUAUGCUAAGGGUUUUGGUGGCAAGUAUGGUGUGCAGAAAGAGAGGGUUGACAAGGCCGCAAUGGGUUACGACUAUAAAGGCGAGACUGAGAAACACCAGUCUCAGAAAGACUACGCCAAAGGCUUCGGGGGGAAAUACGGAGUGGAAAAAGAAAAAGUUGACAAGGCCGCUUUGGGUUAUGACUAUAAAGGAGAAACAGAGAAACAUCAGUCACAGAAAGAUUAUGCAAAAGGCUUCGGGGGGAAAUACGGAGUGGAAAAGGAAAAAGUUGACAAGGCCGCUUUGGGUUACGACUACAAGGGAGAAACAGAGAAACAUCAGUCGCAGAAAGACUAUGCAAAGGGUUUUGGAGGACGUUAUGGAGUCGAAGCGGAUCGCAUGGAUAAGAGUGCAGCUUCAUUCAGUGAUAUGGAGUCACCAUCAUCAUCUUAUGAGAAGCCUCAGGCUUUCGAGGCCUCAAGUGUAGGAGCUGGAAACCUUAAGGCUCGAUUUGAGAACAUGGCGAAGGCCUCAGAUGAGGAGAACAAGAAGAGAGCAGAUGAGGAGAGAGCCAAAAGACUUGCUCGAGAGAAGAGAGAACGGGAAGAGGCACAACGCAAACAGGAGGAGCAGAGCAAGUGUGAAGAGGAGGAAGAGAACCAGAGACCUCCACCUGUGCCAGCAUCCCACAAUCCCCCAGAGACAUUCAGAAAACUGCCUGAAAUACCCAGAGAUGAACCGGAGGAAGAAGCUCAGAUAGAGGAGCAGCCUGAAUAUGAGGAGCCGCCAUUACUGCCGCCCCGUUCAGGUGACCUGAUCGAAGAGGAGGAGGAGGAGCCGGAGCAAACUUACAAUGAAUGUGAUCCCGCCCCCGUACCUCAGGAAGGAGAUUAUGAGGAUAUUGGCUCAUAUGCUACUGCAGAAGCUGUUGCUAAUGAUUAUGAAGAUAUAAGUGGGGCAGGAAACACAGCCACGGCCAUUUAUGACUACCAAGGAGAGGCCGGUGACGAGAUCUCCUUCAUGCCGGGGGACAUCAUCACUGACGUUGAGAUGGUGGAUGAGGGUUGGUGGAAAGGAACGUGUCAUGGUCGCACAGGCCUGUUUCCUGCCACUUUUGUGCAGCUCAAUUAGUUGCUGAUAACCAGUGAUCAAAUUUAUGUUUAUAUGCCACUUGCAGACAAUUACUUUUAUUGCAUUUUUUAGGACAUACAUGUGCAAUAUACGAACAUGUACAGAAUGAAAAUUUGAAUCUGGCUGAAAAUGAGUUCUCAUGUAGCCUGCAUCUAUUAACUGAGCAGAACUGUCCAUUCAGUGCACGUGGUUAGUAACCAGUUAAUUUUUUUUUUCAUAAAGAUAUUAGAUUAAGAUGUAAAUGAUCAUAUAUGCAACCGAUCAAACGUUUGUAGUGUUUAUGAAAGUCUCUUUUGCACACCAAGGCUGCAUUUAUUUGAUCAGAAAUACAGUAAUAUUAUUGUGAAAUAUUAUUACAUUUAAUAUAUUUAAAAUAUGCAAUUAAUUCAUGUGAUGCAAACCUGGAUUUUCA